AUGCCUGUGGAGGACGUGCCCAAAUUUGUAGACUCAUUGCGAUCAUCUUUCAGUGAGCUGGAGUUCCUCCCUCAACCCGUGAUCGCGGCAAUUGAUGGCUAUGCUCUCGGUGGUGGUCUGGAAAUGGCUCUGGCUUGUGAUAUACGAGUUGCCUCAAGUAGUGCCAAAAUUGGAUUGACCGAGACGAGAUUGGCAAUCAUUCCCGGAGCAGGAGGUACGCAACGACUCACUCGGGCUGUCGGGCCGUCAAUGGCAAAAGAACUUAUAUUCACUGGGCGAAUGAUCAGCGGUGAAGAAGCAUGCAGAAUAGGUUUGGUAAAUCACUGCACGAAGUCAGACGCCUUCUCGAAGGCCAUGGAAAUCGCCCGAGAAAUCGUUCCCAGGGGUCCUCUAGCUGUUCGCCUUGCCAAGAUAGCAAUCGACACUGGAUCAGGAAUGGAUUUGAGUAGUGGCCUUGUUGUAGAACAGCAGUGCUAUGCCCAGGUGAUACCCACACAGGAUCGACGUCGAGAGGUUUUGCGGGCCUUGCAAUGCGGCUGUCGGUUCUGCGGUUCAAAUGGGACGUUCAUGGUUUCCGUAGCGCUGUCUCGUCCACAAAUGGAAGAGGAACGGGAAAAGAGCCUGUUGUGUGAUUUUGAAUUGAAAUCGCGACACGACGAGAAGCUUCUUGAAAAACGUGCUGAAUUGGAACGUGAAGGAAAGGAGUUGUCAGAACUAGAUGAACAGAUGGGACUUGCCAAUUCGAUAAUUCAAGGACGAUCUUCAACUCGACAACCCCCGCUCACGUGA